AUGUUGUUCGCCGUCAUGUUCGCGGCGACGCGGUUUCUGCAGAUCGUCACCUUGAUCCCGACAAUGGGCAUGCUCGCCUGGUUCGUCGACGGCUUCGUCAAGCGCAACGUCAUCGUGCCCGACUCGAUCCUCGUCCUCUUCAUCGUCUCCGUCCUCGCCCUCGCCUGGGCCAUCUUCACCCUCUUCAGCUACCACCGCAGCAGCGCAAACGCCCUCUUCGUCGCCGUCGUCGACCUCGCCUUCGUCGGCGCCUUCAUCGCCGCCGUCUGGUACCUGCGCGGCAUCAACCGCGUCGACUGCACCAACCUCGCCCGCGACGGCCGCUGGUCCGCCAACUUCCCCGGCCUCAUCACCAUCUCCGGCCCGCGCUUCAACUUCUUCACCAACAAGCCCUGCGCCAUGCUCAAGGCCUCGUGGGUCUUUGGCAUCAUCAACACCAUCCUCUUCUUCUCCACCGCCGGCCUCGCCUGGCUGCACGGCGACCGCCUCUCCUCGAGCUACGAGCGCAAGUCCUACCACCACGGCCGUCACCGCCGUCACCGCAGCCACAGCCACGGCCAUAGCCACGGCCACAGCCAUCGCUCCCACAGCCGUCGCAGCUCCCACUCGCACCGUCGUGUGUACGUCUGA